CGUCCGUCCGGCUCUGCGGACUCAAGGAGAGAAAGGACAAACGGUUCCUCAGUGUAACCAGACUUAGGACCUAAAAGGAUUCAUAAAUAUUUGUACACAGGUCCACAUCCGCCUCCCCAUGCAGAACUCCAUGAAAUGAAUAAAGCACCACAGCCUAUAACGGGACCCCCCUCCACCCCCCACCCUGCCCCCUCCCCUGGCCUGUCACAGCCCUCAUUCCCCCCUGGGCAGCCCACUUCUGUUGUGUUUGCCACCCCACCGCCUCCACAAAUGAACCCAACACCACAGACCCGACAGUUUGCCCCAGGGCCCCGGCCUAUACACCAACAGGGAAGCUUCAGGUCGCUACAGCCCUACUACACCAACAGGGCCAGCCUGCCCCCCGGCAGCGGGCCUCGUGGCGUCCCUCCCAGCAGUGCCCCUCGCCCCGUGACGCCCACCCAUGUCUACCAGCCGGGCCCUGGCUCCCAAAUGAUGAUGAUCCCCGGGCAACAGUUGUCCUUCCCCAGCUCGCCACAGGGACCCGCCUACUUCAUACCGGGACAGUACCGGUCAGCUACCUACGUGGCCACACCCCAGCAAUACCCAGUCCCAGCAGGCACCCCAGGCUUCUACCCAGGCACCAGCCCCGCUGAAUAUGGUACUUAUGCAGGGGCCUACUACCCCGCCCAGCCUCAGUUCACCCCCUCGGUGCAGGCGGCACCCGUCAUUAUGAACCCUGCCCCUCAACAGCAGCAACCACCACCUCAGCCUCCUCAACACAUGCACACCAAACGGGAACGCAAACAGAUCAGAAUAAGAGACCCUAACCAAGGAGGGCGAGACAUUACAGAGGAGAUUAUGUCAGGGGGCCGAAGUGGCUCUACCCCAACCCCACCACAGACAGCCAUAUCUGGAUCAGAAAGUACAGCAGUGGCGCAGGCCAACGGUGAGAGCGUCACAGCUGCCGCUACACCAGCACUGGUCAGACCAGAUGACAGAGGUAAACCCACGCCUCCUCCUCUGUCAAAGACCCCUGAACUUUCUAAGGGUGACCCCACCUCUGCAGAGGCUACAUCCUCUGACACGAACACUAAGCCCCCUGCGCCCCCUCUACUAUCAGAAGCAGAGGACGCCCCUCUCAACACUACUUCCACCCUUGCACCCAGCGCCCCUGUUGCAGAUGUGAUGGACGCUCCCCCGCCUCCAAGGGAACGCACUCCAUCCCCUCAAUCAGCGCCUGAGGUGCCGGCCUACCCUGCGCCCCUCCCCGACCCCGCCCCCACCUUGACUGCACAGGACAAAACAGACAAGAAGGCUGCAGAAGAGCAGGAGGAGGAGGUGGAGAAAGAGGUGGAGACUAAAGCAGAAGAGGCAGCUGCCUCUCUGGACACACCUCUUGCCCCUCCCUCCACCACUAACGGUGUAGCAGCGGCCGAGCCUGAGCAGCUGUCGGUCAUGACGCCACCCAGUCACCUGGAGGCUCCUCCGGAGUCUCCCAUUGCUCAGCCCGAGGAGCUCCGCCUUCCCAACGGCUUGCCGCUGCCUGCUCCUCAAGACCCCGAGGCCCCCGCCGUCGGCACAUCCGAGCACGACGACAGCCCCAUCGCUGAGCCCGAUGUCAGCCAGCAGCCCGUCACACAGACCUCCACAGAUAUCAGUCAGGCGGCACCUGCACCGGUUGUCCAAGCCAAACCUGCACCUGUUGACCAGGCCGCACCUGCAGCCGCACCUGCACCCGCACCCGCUGUCCAGGAGGUUCCUGCCGAGCCGGUCGUCCAGGCAGCAGCGGCGGCCCAGGCUGAGGUAGAAGACGCGGCUCCUCAGGUCGCCCUGGAUGUCAAGGAAGAUACCCCAGUGCCCCAGUCCACUGCCAAGGAGGAGACGCCAUCUCCUGCAGAGACGGUUUCCAUAGCCGACAGCGCCCCAGAAACAGUGCCCACUCCUCCCCCUCCCACAGCAGAGGAGAGGGAGGACGUCCCUCCUCCCCAGACGGUUACCCCUGUAGAAACUACUAUGCAAGCUGCUGUGUCUGUGCCAAAGAAAAAGAGGAAGAUGAAGGAUCUGAACAAAAAGGAGGCAGUGGGAGACCUCUUGGAUGCCUUUAAAGAGGAGCAGGUAGUGACCCCACCGGAGCCCGAGCCCGCCCCUGCCCCAGCGCCAGAGCCCCAGCCCCCUGCUGCCUCCUCUCCUGCCCCGGAGGAGGCGGACCUGACCUGGGAGGACAAGGAGGACAAGCUGGAUGCUGAGAACAUUCAGCCAGAUGCUCCCAAGUCGACCGCCACUGACAAGAAGUACCAGUACAAAGAAGAACAAUGGAAACCAAUUAACCCAGAAGAGAAGAAGAAGUACGACAGGGAGUUCCUUCUGGGCUUCCAGUUCAUCUCAGCCAGCAUGAACAAGCCUGAGGGUCUGCCAGCCAUCAGUGAUGUCGUCCUAGACAAGGCGAAUAAGACUCCUCUGCGUCAGCUUGACCCCAGCCGUCUACCAGGAAUGAACUGUGGUCCCGACUUCACGCCCUCCUUCGCCAACCUUGGCCGGCCUGGCAUGGGAGGAGGAAGCAGAGGACCACCUCCAGGUAUGGGAAUGGGAGUCGGCGGUCCACGGCGUUCGCAGCAGAUCCAGAGGAAAGAGCCGAGGAAAAUCAUCACCAGCAUGUCACUCAAUGACGACGUGCAGCUGAACAAGGCGGAGAAGGCUUGGAAGCCUUCGGUGAAGAAAUCAGUUCGCAGCCGUGGAGCUGAGGAGCCGCCGCCGCAGGAGAUCGACGACUCUGAGCAUGGCAAGACCCAGGACCUGUUCAAACGGGUCCGCAGCAUCCUCAACAAACUGACCCCUCAAAAGUUCCAACAGCUAAUGAAACAGGUGACGGAACUGACCAUUGACACUGAGGAGAGGUUGAAAGGAGUCAUAGAUCUCACCUUCGAAAAGGCCAUCUCCGAGCCAGACUUUUCGGUGGCCUAUGCCAACAUGUGCCGCUGCCUUAUGGGGCUUAAAGUCCAAACCACAGAUAAGCCGGGAGUCACUGUGAAUUUCCGCAAGCUGCUGCUCAAUCGAUGCCAGAAGGAGUUCGAAAAGGACAAAGACGACGACGAAAACUUCGAGAAGAAGCAGAAGGAGCUGGAAGCUGCACCAGGGGAGGAGGAGAAGCAGCGGCUCGUUGAGGAACUAGAAGAUGCUAAAGACAAGGCCAGGAGGCGCUCGCUGGGUAACAUCAAGUUCAUCGGUGAAUUGUUCAAGCUUAAAAUGCUCACAGAGGUCAUCAUGCAUGACUGCAUUGUAAAGCUGCUCAAAAACCACGACGAGGAGUCCCUGGAGUGCCUGUGUAGACUGUUGUCCACCAUUGGCAAGGACCUAGACUUUGAGAAGGCCAAGCCUCGUAUGGACCAGUACUUCAAUCAGAUGGAGAAAAUAAUAAAGGAGAGGAAGACCACCUCUAGGAUCCGCUUCAUGCUGCAGGAUGUGCUGGACCUGCGACGGAACAACUGGGUGCCCCGGCGAGGCGACCAGGGUCCCAAGACCAUCGACCAGAUCCACAAAGAUGCCGAGCUGGAGGAGCACAGGGAGCAGAUGAAGGUGCAGCAGGCGCUCAUCUCCAAGAAGGAGUUGGGCGGAGGCCCAGGUGGCAGGAUGGGCGGAGGAGGUCCCGGGGGACGCGGCGGCCCUCACAACCCAGGCCGCGGUGCUCCUCCCCAGGACGAGGGCUGGAACACCGUGCCCAUCUCCAAGAACCGACCUAUUGACACCUCUCGCCUUAGUAAAAUCACUAAGACUCCUGUUCUUGACUUCAACAAUCAGUUGCUUGCCCCUGGAGGUAAAGGCACAUGGGGCAGCUGGGGAAAGGGCAGCAGCGGUGGCACCAGUGCCAAACCUGCAGAUUCUGGCUCGGAGUCAGGCAGCCGUCCAACCACCAGCACUCUGAACAGGUUCUCAGCCCUGCAGCAGCCUUCGUCCUCCUCGCUGGACUCAGACAGACGAGUUCCUCAGAGAAACAGCUCCAGUCGAGAGCGCGGCGACCGCUUCGAUCGCGGCGGUGGUGGCGGCGAUCGCUUCGACCGACGGGACGACCGCAGGGACGACCGCGAUCGCAACCGGCUGCAGGUCACAAAGCGCAGCUUCAGCCGGGAGAACGAGGAGCGGAGCCGCGAGAGAGAGCAGCGCGGGUCGGCCGAUCCCGUCCGCCGCGUGGCGAGCAUGACGGACGACAGAGACCGAGGCAGCAGAGAGAGAGCCAGGAGCAAAGAGAAUGUGAAGCGGGAGACAACUGCCACCCCUCCACCUCCCCAGACCCCCACCAAGCCUGCCUUGACUGAGGAAGAGCUGGAGAAGAAGUCCACGGCCAUCAUCGAGGAGUACCUGCAUAUCAACGACAUGAAGGAGGCGCUGCAGUGCGUGCAGGAGAUGAACAGCACUCAGCUGCUCUUCGUGUUCGUGCGAAACGGUCUGGAGUCGACGCUGGAGCGCAGCACCAUCGCCAGGGAGCACAUGGGCGUGCUGCUGCACCAGCUCCUGAAGACCGGCACCCUCCCCACACAGCAGUACUACAAAGGGCUUCAGGAAAUCCUGGAGGUGGCUGAAGACAUGGCAAUAGACAUCCCCCACAUGUGGCUGUACCUGGCAGAGCUGAUCACUCCCAUGCUCCACGAGGGAGGAAUCCCCAUGGGAGAGCUUUUCAGGGAGAUUUCAAAGCCUCUGAUCCCUCUGGGGAAAGCCGGAGUCCUGCUGGUCCACAUCCUCACUUUACUCUGCAAAGGAAUGAGCCAUAAGAAGGCGGGCACAAUGUGGAGGGAGGCAGGCCUGCAGUGGAAAGACUUCCUGCCUGAGGAUGAAGAUGUCAACAAAUUUGUGACAGAAAAGAAUGUGGAGUUCACGCUCGGCGACGAGUCAGAGAAGAGCAAGAAGAAGGAGCUGAGCUCUGCAGAGCUGAGCAAACAGCUGGACAGACUGAUCCAGGAAAAGGCCGACAACCAGAGGAUCUUUGACUGGAUCGAGGCGAACCUGGACGAGCAGCAGACGUCCUCCAACAUGUUUGUCAGAGCUCUGAUGACCUGCAUCUGCCAGUCAGCAGUCAUCUGUGAGAACCCCUACAAGGUGGACGGGGAGCAGAUCAAGCAGAGAGCCAAGCUGCUGCAGAAAUACCUGAAGGAUGAGCAGAAGGAGCUGCAGGCCCUCUACGCCCUGCAGGCCCUCAUGGUGCAGAUGGAGCAACCUGCCAAUCUGCUGCGGAUGUUCUUUGACACUCUUUACGACGAGGACGUGAUCAAAGAGGAGGCCUUCUACAAGUGGGAGUCUAGCAAAGACCCCGCCGAGCAGCAGGGCAAGGGCGUGGCCCUCAAGUCCGUCACUGCCUUCUUUACCUGGCUCCGCGAGGCCGAGGACGAGUCCGACAACAGCUAGGCCCCACCACCACCACCACCACCACCACCACCACCACCAACCCCCCUCAACCACCCCCCCUCCCCCGCCCACCCCUGUUUACCCCCAGAGAACUGCUGGGAGAACUGGUGGGAGCUCAGAGAGGAUCCUUGGGGAAAGUGAAUGUUCUGUGGAUGAUUCAGACGAAUCUGAAUCAGCAAAAUCCUUCUGCAUAAACAGAAAAAAAGCAAGAAAAAAAUUCUUCAACUGGGAGAGAUUGUAUUAUGGAUCGAACAUUCGAUCAUGUUACUUUUUUUUCUUUUCGUUGUUUUUAUGUUUUUUUUUUCUUCUUUUUUUGUUAGUUUUUUUUUUUGAGGUUGUUUUUUUUUUUCUUUUUGUUUUUCUUUGCGCAACCGAAUGUCUUUUUUGAAAUACACGAGAAUACAGGAUUAAAUAGAGAGAAUAGUUAUGACAGAGAGCGAAUGCUGAGAAGUUACAAGCCGUGGGAGAUGAUGCUGUUUCCUUCAGUAUUUUUUUUUUUUUAUAUAUAUAUUUUAUUUUAUUUUUUUUUUUUGAGGUUUAUCGAUUUUCAGAUGGUUUUUCCUCGCCACGGCAACACUAUUCAAGACACUUUGCUUAAUGACAGAUAUAAAAAAGAAAAAAGAAAAAAAAAAACUUUAAAAGGCUGUUCACAUCUAUAUUUUUGAUGAAUUCAUCCUUUAUCAUGUUGACAUGACGCAGCAACAUUGUCGUGUCGCAUGUACGGUGUUUGAUCUACAUGAUGCGCUUAUGUAGACGGCUAGCUUUCCGUUUCUUUUCUUUCUUUUUUUCCAGUGUUGGAUGAUUGGAGUGUGUGUUUUAUAAUAAAAUAGAAAACUACAAAGAGGAGUGGCGCGAGCCGUCUGACGGACGCUUCAGACGGGAGCUCAAGGAACGGUUGUUGAUUUCACGUAGACUUUCAGGAGGAUGGCGUCACUGAGGAGAGGGGCGAUGAACAUUGAUGACCAUUUUGCUGCUGGGGGGCGACGAUGCUUCCCCGACGCCCCUCAACCCCCCCCCAAACCCCCCCCCCAUUCAUGCCCUUCCUCCCUCCCCCUCCCAAGUGUCUGUUUUACUUGUUUCCCGCGCUUUAAAAAGAAAACAAACAAACUGUGGACUGAGAAAGGGAGAGCGAGAGCGACCCUCCUACAAAGCCUGACGUUGGAUUUUAAAAAUGACAAAAUAUCGUUAUUAAAACUUGAAAAAAAGUAUAGAGACGAAAAUCCACUUUAAUGAAAAAGGACUUUAAAAAAAAAAAGUAGAGUUUAACAGUACGAAUCCUUAAGGCCUUUUCUGCUUCCAUGAGUGAAAAAUGCAUUUCAGGAGAGUUCUGUAAAUAUAUGAUGGAGGAUUGUUUUUUUUUGUUUGUUUUUUUUUUUUCAAAGAAAAAAUGUUGAUGUAAUUUCCCCACCUCUGAAACAAAGUGGCAGUUUUUUCCCUGUAUUUAUAUUUUUCUCUCCUCAGCUGGCAGAAGGUGCUUGUAAUUAUCCACCCCAAGUCAUUGAUUACAAUUUAUUUGAAAAUUUGUAAAUACUUUUUUGCUUUUUCUUUAUUAAAAAGAUAUUUAAUUAAAGAAAAUUAAUGCCUCUUUUCACAUCCAAAACUGGAAGAGAUAAUAAAGAUCAUUGCAAAAAAAAAAAAAAAAAAAAAAAACCUCCCACACUUGUGCUUUUGUGACGGCAGCGCUGAACCGACCUCUGUGACAUCCAACGCACCUUUCCCCUCAAAAUCCCUGGUUCUUAUUCCUCACACACUCAAAAAGCUUUGUGAAUUACACUGGUGUGGUUUUUUCAUAUUUUCCACUGUGUAUUUUUCACUGGGAUGAUGUGUUUUCACGAUGCAUGAGAGGUUUGAAGGUGUCUACGCAAUUAAAAUUGCAUUAUAUCUUUA